AUGUCAGACGCUCUCUCCAGUCGCCGGCAACAGGAGCUGGUUCUCUCCGGCAUCGGGUCUCUUGAUGAUUUGGAUGAUGUCAUCGCCGAGAUUCUCUCCUGGCUACCUGUCAAAUCUUUGCUCCGUUUCCGGUGUGUAUGCAAGGCAUGGCACGCAUUGAUAUCCGAGUCUUAUUUCGUCGACAAACACCUCCACCGCACCAAAAUCAACCCACUACUCAAGAGGAAGAGUCACAUUUUCCGAUCCAUAGAAUACCAAGCAUUGUUGAACUGUUUAAGUAAUGAUGGUCCUAUUCUGAGCAGAGAGCUUGAUUACCCGUUAAUGAAUCUACCAGUGAGUAUUAAACCAGGAACAUUUAAUUGGGUGUUGAUUGGUAGUUGCAAUGGCUUGAUAUGUAUACUAAUUGAUUGGUUUACUAAACUCGUUAUGUUAUGGAACCUAUGUACUAGAAUCUCCCAGGUAUUACCGCAACCUUGUGAUCUUGAUUUUGACCUAUGUUGUUUUGGAUUCGGUUAUGAUUCCACAACCGAUGAUUACAAGGUAAUACUAAAUGGUAUACUAAAUGGUGGGGAUUAUUCGAGCGAUCAAUCUGUUGUCGUGUUCACAGUAAAAACUGGUUCAUGGGGGAAGGUCAAAAGCGUGAAGAAUUUUGCGGUGAGUGGCAGAUCAGGUUAUUUAGUUAACGAAGCUCUACAUUGGGUAUCUGGUAAGUAUGACGAAGACAAUAACUAUAUUUAUUCAAAUAUAGUGUCGUUUGAUUUAGCUGAGGAGAAAGUUCAUGAGAUUGCACUCCCGUUUCCUCCCAAUCCGGUAGUCGGAGAUAUUUGGCGUGCUGAAGUUGGAACUCUCCGCAACUGUUUAGCCCUUCAUGUUAUAACCAUGUAUGACAGAGGUAGUAGUUGUGAUCUCAAGAUAUGGGUGAUGAAGGAAUAUGGAGUCAAGGAAUCAUGGACUCAAGUCAUAUAUAUUCCUUCAGAGAAUCUACCAGAACAUGAUUAUUUCUGCAUGACAUGCAUUUCUGAGAGUGGUGAAGUUUUGAUGGGUUCACAUAGGCUCGGCAGUUUGAUAAUGUAUAAUUCAAAGAAAUUUAGGAUUUUGCCGUACGUGAUUGAUGGCUGGGAUCGGAUGAAAAAGCUACCUAUGUAG